AACAAAAUAGACAGCUCUUUUACUACCUCUGGCAGCUCAUCUCUAGCUUGCGGGUGUCUUCUGAGGUGUUGCAGACAGCAUCAGCCAAGUCGGGGGAAGACUGGGUCAACACUGUUAGGACUGGGACAGUGUGCCUGGUUCCUGGAUCUCGUUCAGCUCUGUCUGUGGGAGGAGAGAAAUCUUUGUCGUGGCAGCCUGAGGAUGAUGCCCCAGCUUCAAUUCAGAGAUGCCUUUUGGAGCUUUCCUGAGUACCUCCUCCAGAAGCCUCAAGAGAUAGCCUGUAGCCCUGAUCUGGUCCCUUCAUGGGGAAUGUGAGACCCAGAGUGGCCACCCACAGAGCAUAGAUGGCAGUCCUGUGAUCCACAUCUGGCUUGAGCAAGCCUCUCAAAGGAGGGAACUGCAUCUGUUGGCCACCUGGCAUCCUAUCUCAAGUGCAGGGACUUCACAGCCCACACAGGCUAUGAGAUGCUGCUGCAGCGGCUGCUGGAUGGCAGGAAGAUGUGCAAGGACAUGGAGGAGCUUCUGAGGCAGAGGGCCCAAGCAGAGGAGCGGUACGGGAAGGAGCUGGUACAGAUCGCCCGGAAAGCAGGUGGCCAGACAGAGAUCAACUCCCUGAGGGCCUCCUUUGACUCCCUGAAGCAGCAAAUGGAAGACAUUGGCAACUCCCACAUGCAGCUGGCCCUGGCCCUGCGUGAGGAGCUCCGCAGCCUUGAGGACUUCCGAGAGAGGCAGAAGGAGCAGAGAAAAAAGUACGAGGCUGUCAUGGACCGUGUUCAGAAGAGCAAGCUGUCACUCUAUAAGAAGGUCAUGGAGUCCAAGAAGACAUAUGAGCAGAAGUGCCGGGACGCAGAUGACGCCGAGCAGGCCUUCGAGCGUAUUAGCAUCAGCGGCCAACAGAAACAGGUGGAAAAGAGCCAGAACAAAGCCAAGCAGUGCAAGGACUCAGCCAUGGAGGCAGAGCGGGUAUACAGACAAAACAUUGAGCAUCUGGAGAAGGUACGGGGCGAGUGGGAGCAGGAGCAUCAAACCACCUGUGAGGCCUUCCAGCUUCAAGAGUUUGACAGGCUGACCAUCCUCCGAAAUGCCCUAUGGGUGCACUGCAACCAGCUCUCCAUGCAGUGCGUCAAGGAUGAUGAGCUCUACGAGGAGGUUCGGGUGACGCUGGAAGGCUGCAGUGUGGAAGCCGACAUCAACAGCUUCAUCCAGGCUAAGAGUACAGGCACUGAGCCCCCAGCUCCAGUACCCUACCAGAACUACUAUGAUCGGGAAGUCACCAUAUCAUCUGGCAGCCCUGGCAUACAACCUUCCUGUGGCAUGAUAAAAAGAUUCUCUGGGCUGCUGCAUGGAAGUCCCAAGACUGCACAGUCGGCAGCCUCUGCAGCCUCCACAGACACCCUGACUCCCACCCCCAAUCAGAAUGAGGGUGUCUACGCUGCUGUCGCAGUGCAGGAGGCACCAGGACCCCCGACCCUGCCAGCCCGGGACUACAGGGUGGUCUAUGACUACAAAGCCCAGAAUUCUGAUGAGCUGGACAUCUCUGCUGGGGACAUCCUGGAGGUCAUCCUAGAAGGGGAGGAUGGCUGGUGGACAGUGGAACAGAAUGGGCAGCGUGGCUUUGUACCUGGUUCCUAUCUGGAGAAGCUCUGAAGAAGGGGCAACAGCCCCCACCUGGACCUGCCCUAUCUGUGGGGCCAGCAGUGUCUUUGUCACUGCAAGGCUGAGUCUCCAAGACCAAGCCAGCCCCACAACCCCAUUAGUGCUGGCUGCUCCCAUUGCAGUCUCUCAAACAGGGAAUAAAGGAGUACAUUCUUCCUCCUUGG